CUGAGCUGAGAGAGGGUGGUGGCACAAACAUGACCCAAAUCACUGCAUUUUUCCCAGCCAGAGAGGCAGAUCUCUGCUGGAGUCUUGCAUGAUAUAUAUUUAAAAAAGAAAUCCCCUUUCGUGUCUUUGCCAUAAAAGAGGAAUAGGUCCGUGGCUGCAUGGAUUUUUGUGUGCAGUCUAAAAAAACCAUCAUGCCAAGUUUAGGAUCGAAGAAGAAGGAGAGUCAAGCUGAGGACUUCCCGCAGCUGAGCAAUGAGAUGCAGCUGAGCAUCAUGAACAGGGUGAAGAGCGGAGAGUUGUCCAUCGAGGAUGCUCUGAACCAGGCCAGGAAGGACAGGAAGCAGCUGCUCAAAGAGGGGAGCCUGGCUGAAGAGGCACAGCAGCCCUCGCAGUACAACUUCAGCGUUCACAAGCACAGCCACUACAGGUGGCAGAAACGGGUUCUUCAGAUCGAUUUCAAGACCAAAAUGCUGUGCAGCAUCGAGAAAGGCAUCAUCAAGCGCCAGCUAGCUUUCUCCAUGGUGAAGAGUUGUGAUGAUGGAGCGGCCUCCAGGUUCUCCAUUUCCUUCAGAGGACAUCAUGAUUAUGAACUGGAGGCCACUUCGCUGGAGGACAAGCACAAGAUGAUUCAGCUCGUGAAUCAGAUCAUUUAUGGGAACAUAUACAGCGAUGCUGAGGAGGGCAGCGCAGAAGCACGUGAGCAGCCUCAAGCAUCACAGAGCCUCCGGGAAGGCGUCCUGUUGCUGCACCGAGGCGGCCUGGCAUCAUUCAAAUGGGUGAAAUACGAGGUCCAGCUCCAUCCAGGCCAGCUAACACUGGUCCCCGUCAGGCGACGAGGCCCCGCCGACGGCACGGUGACGUCCUCGGUGCCCGCCUCCAUCGUGGUUCACCUGUCCGACGGCGACACCAGCGUGCAGAAACCCAACGGCUCCGACACGUUCACUCUGAUCACCCACAGAAAUGAGUACCAGUUCCGGGUGCCUGUGUCAGACCAGACAGCUGCCCCUGGAUCUGUCCAGCAGGACCGAGAUGCUUGGGUCCAGGCCAUCGACAAACUGUGUUCAGACUGGAAGAGGAAGUCCAGGGGCGAACACGCGUUUGUGGAAACGCAGAGUCUACGAAAGCUCCGCAUAGCCGAAGACACAGAGGAUGCCGACGCAGACCUUGAGUCAAGUAGUGAAUUUGGUGGCGGGAAUGUGAGCCUCAUUUAUCCUCCAGUUGAUUAUGAAGACCCCACUUCAGGCGGUGGAGAUCAUUUAUCAGCAGGUGACACAGGUCAAAGUUGUCCCUCAGCUGAUCAAAGAAAACCCACUCCUAAACCUCGCAGCACCAGGAAGGCCGCUGUUCAGGUUAUGGGGCCUGAUAUUUUGCCUCCAGUCCCAUCGCCAACCUCUCCCGGUGUCGAAGCCCUGAAUUCACCCGCCUCCCCUCAACCCUCACCCACUCUCACUGCCCUCACAUCCUCUUCCACAGUCCCAGAGUCUCUUCCCCAAGAAUCAGGCUCAUCAGAUGUGAAAGAGCCCUCGCCCCCGAGCAUCCCAGCGCCUCCACCUUUACUCUUCAACCUGCGGAAUUUAAGGAAACCGUGCACCAAGGCUUUCCACUGGGACGUAGUCGGCUCAGAGAAGAUUGCAAAAUCAUUCUGGAUACAGGCGAGCACCGCGAGGAUCGAAAUCGACACAUCACGCCUAUAUGAGCAAUUUGCUGUUAAAGAUCUGGGGACGUCUGCCGCGCCUGAGCCGAGUAAUACCCAUCAUAUUAUGCUCAACCAGAAGAUUGCACACAACUUCAACAUUUUCCUCAAAAGUUUUCCAGUGCAACCGGGAGAGCUGAAGGACAAACUGUUCAUCGUUAAUGAGGAAGAUGGAGGCCUGUCUGAUGAGCACAUCGCCUCUCUGAGGAGGUAUGUCCCCACCAUGGAUGAUGUGGAAAUGUACAAAUCCCACAAAGGACCUGUGACAGAACUGCAUAUUGUGGACCAAUACAUGAUGGAGAUGUGCAACAUCCCCCAACUGAGCACACAACUCGACCUGCUGCUGACUCUGAGAGAGCUCCCGAUCAGCAUCGACGACCUGCAGCCGCUGAUUAACCAGAAGAUCAGAAUGUGCACACAGCUGAACAACUGCAGGUCAUUUGUUUCCGUGCUGGAGUACCUCCUCGCCAUUGGCAAUUACCUCAACGAGAACGCCAGGAAGGAAAAGGCCAAGGGAUUCCGCCUCUCCUCCUUAACCAAACUCUCCCAGCUCCGUGGGAGAGACAGGAAGUUCACCUUGCUCCAUGCCCUUGUGGAGCAGAUCAUGUUGCAUGAACCGUGCUUGGCCACUUUUACCCAGGAGUUGGCAGAAUUUGAAACUGUCCCGGGAGCGUCCAUCAAAGGCCUGACCGCAGAGGUAGACGUGCUGAAGAAUGAACUGCAGAAAGUCAUUCAGUACAGCAAAACUUCCAAGAAGAGAAAGGCUGGAACUCAACACCCAAACUUCUCCAAAGACCUGAAGACGGCGAUUGAGAAAUACAGCACGGAUCUCUCGGCAUUGACGAAGACGUGUGAGGAGAUGAAGGAACUCUACUCUGUCAUACUGGUUAAAUUCGGAGAACCGGCGAAUCAAGACUCUCAGGAGUUCUUUGGGCUGAUCUGUCAGUUCGUCCACGACUUCAAGAGGGCCCAUGCUGAAAGUCUAUGAGCUCUACUGUACAGAGCACAUACCGGCAUCCACUGAGGCUGCAGCGCUCAACAAACCAGAACGGGUCUCAUGUUUGAUGCAGUACUUGAAGAUCAGAAGCUGUUUGUGUUUUUCUCUUGUGUUCUUGUACAGAUGUCUUAUUCUAUAUUGGAGACCAGAUUGAUUGAACAGUCCGACAGCAUAAAGUGAACAGUGAUGCUAAUGCACCUGGACGGCGGGAUGACAGUGUCGGUGGAAAUCGAUUUUGUGAAUAUAAAACUGAUCUGGUGUCACAUUAUUUCAUGUCAGAGGGAGUUUUGAUUUGGGUCGACUUCAAGUUUACUGAACAUUUGUUUUGAGGUGAAUCGGUAAUGAAGGAUUUCAAAGCAGCAGUGUGCUGCUGAUACCCGCAGCUCGCUGCUGGCAGAGGAACAGAACAGGCAGCACUUCAGAGGCCAGCUGAGGACGGCGGGUGAUUAUUUUGAACAUGCAAUCGUGCUGCGGUCAGGGACGUCUCCUGUCCCAGCUCUCCAGGACGAGCUCCAAGGCCGCCUCUGAUUAAGGACCACAUCUGCACUGUGGUAAUGACAUGACGAGAAGCACAAAAUUACCCAUUGAAAAGGUUGAAAAGUAGUCUUCGCUCUGGUUAGAACUGAUUCAUGAGUUUCGCAGGUUUUUGUGCGUCUGACAUUUUAAUCAGUUGACAACAAAAGCGCUAUUUGUAGCUGUGGCUGUGGACCACGGUGCUAUAAUGAAGCAGACCGCACACUGAGCAGGAAAAGUUGCACAUUUCCUUGUAAAACCACCGAUUUUAAUUAAAACCCUACAUCUGCAGGAACUUGUGUUUCAUUAACAGGAAUCAUGCAGAACUACUUCAUUAAAUGUUCCCUUCACAGAGUUUCAUCUUAUUAUUCUUUUUUUACAUUUCCAGUUUGUCAAAAUUGUAGCUGGAUGGAUCAUUAAGGCUUUUUCAACCCACUUAUGUCAUAUCUUUGUACUGCUUUUGAAAUUAAAAAGAGACAAGUAGCCCAACACAAAGCAUGUACACAAAAUCAACCCGAGAAGUCACUUCAAUUAUCUGAAUUAUCAUUUCCUGUCUUACUUUGGAAUUAGUUUAACUUUUAUCGAGAUGCAGACAAAUAUUAUAGUUUUGCAUUUAAUGUCCCCUCGUUUAACGCCACAAUCUGAAUUGCAACACUUAUUUUUAUUUAUUUCAUUUUUCAAACAUUAUUAUUAUGAGGAUUAACCUUGAGUUUGCACCGGCUCGGCUGUGCACUCCUUUCACUUUUGGCUCUCAGGGUCAUCUCUGGGUCUGUGUUAAAAAUGUCAGACAUUCAAUUUCACAUUCUCCCAAUUUAAAAAAACUCUUCUAACCCAUUUUAUACUGAUGCUUUUGCGUGUAUUUACAGCAUCAGUGGUGUGAAUUCCUGGCCUUUGAGGAAGGCAGUAUGUGCAGCUGAAGCAGGAAGCUGCUGGUGUGGAUGUGUUGCUAUUAUUAUUAUUUCCCCUGUGAAAACCAAAUUUGAACAAAUGUUUGCAGCAGGAAGCAAAGUGUCAUAUUAUUAUGAACUGAUGGAAUUCAUUAUACACUAACGUUUAAACCGGUCUAAGAUGCUGCUCGCCUGCUCGUUGUUUCUGUGUUUCCUCUUCUUUGUUUAUUUAAUUUUCAUGCUUUUAUUUCAUGCCAACUCCUGCAGCCUGCCUCCUGGUUUCAUGUAGUGAAUAAACAUCAUCAUCAUCAACGCCACAGUUUUUCAUCCCCCUGAGGACUGAUACCAAUAAAGGCUUUUCUUAUCUUAUCUUAUCUUCAAACCUGGUUUCCCAAAAAGUUAGGACGCUGUGUAAAACUGUGUAAAUAAAAACUGAAUGUGA